AUGAUAGAAUAUGCGUGUGGUUGGCUACACGCGCCUGUCAGUAGUUUCAACAGUAGGGGGGAAACCACUUCAAGCAGUGAAGGAGCAACGUGGGGUAUCGCAUUGGGAAGAUUCGGCCCUACCGCCAAGUGUUCUCUUGUGAGAGUACUGGCAGUGAUAGUUUCAGGGUAUUAUUUUUUUGUUGGUUUAUGUUUAGUUAGUGCCGCAAAAUGCAUAUGUACCGACUACUGGUCUAUGAUCGAGGGUUUAACAAACGUAGCGAAUGUGUCCGAGCUAAGGGAAGUUACCAACCUCACUGACCAGCUUAGAUAUUCACUCAUAGUUGUUUCAUGUGUGGCUCUGUUCGUUCAUCUCGCUAUUUCUGUUGUCGGAGUGAGGCACAUCCGUAGUUUGUUCAUGCAACUCGAUGCAAAUGUCGAGGCGUUGCACCGUGUUGCCGAUGCGUUGGCAGUGCCACUCAACGGUGAUGCAACGGGUACUAUUGAUGUGAAUCCGAAGCAGUCCUUUUCCCAUGCAAAAAGUUGUAAAGGGAUUCAAAACGCUGCAACACCUGAAAUGGCGAAUGACAUGCUUAUGCUUUUGCACCAACUCCGUGGGUUACUUCCCGAUUCCACAUUUGAAAAGGAGCUAACAGACGUCGCUGUGCGGCAGUGUAACGGUGCCAAACUUCAAUGUGAAAAGGCGAAUCUUCCCGUUGGUUCCAAACUUGAGGCCCACUCACCGCGUGUUAUGUCUCAGUUCAGAGUUUCACGGAGAACUGCAGCGGGAAUGGUUCGAAAUCGGGAGAUUUUGGAACACGGUGGCACUGGCACGACCUUCAGGAAAAGGAGGGUCACGGUGGUGGUUGUUUGCCUCUCCGACUUUGCGCAUCAAGUUGAGGAGGAUUUGGAACAUUGUCUUCAUUUUUCCCGACAAUUUCUUUCUGUUGUAACUCAAAUUGUUGAGAGGUAUGGCGGUAUCAUUGCGAGUGUAGCACCUAACAAGGUUGUUGUGACAUGGAAUGCCUUUACGGAUUCUCCCCGUCACGCACAAAACGGAAUGCAAUGUGCCUGUGAUGUACUUGUUGCGCUCCAACCAUUUACACAAGGUUUGAGUGUGUCACCGUCUCUUAAGUUGUUUCCGACCAUUGUUGCUACUUCAGGGUUUGUUAUGGCAGGAACGAUCAGAGUUUCUGACCAUGAGGACGAUGUCUUAAGUGUUUACGGGAAUUGUAUUUCCCUGAGUGAGGAACUUCCAUCACUAUUAGGUGCGCUGAGAGUAAGGUGUGCGUGUGUUGGGGCGCUGGCACAUUUUUGCCCAAGCAACUUUUCGUGUAUUCCACGAGACUGCGUAACAGAUGCCAAUAACAAAAGGCACAUCAUUUAUGAGAUGCAAGAUAAGGCUCUCGCACAGCGCCGGCGUCAUGUUGAGGCAUUUCAAGCAUUUCAGCGAGGAGAACAUGGUGUCGCACACCAUCUCUACACUCGAAUACACGAAGAAACACGUAGUGAUUGGAAUGCCUUGCGUAUGAGUCAGAUUUGUUAUUACUUGGAAGAAAGCCACAGCGUUUACGCCCAACGCUUUCCGGAGUGGCAACUGUUCCCUGUUGAAAGAGAGCACUCAUGUGUUAAUGAACUUCAACUUGGUAGAAGGGCGUACGGGUUUAUGAAAUGCGAGGCUUCACCUGUUGAGGAUCAUAUUCGCCGUGCCAUAUUAAAGCAAACAGAUACACGUGCCCUUCCGCGCUCUUAUGGACGAAAUGAGGAGGAGUCGUACCGAACGCCUGAAGUCGCAAAAUCAGAUAAGUGUUUGAUAGUUAAAUGUAACUCGUCUUCUUUGCGGUAUGUCACGGAGUUUUGCGACCGUCAAGGGUUGGUGUUUCGCAUGUCUAAACAAGUAUUAGGCACUGGGGCGUGUGGUGUUGCAUUCUUGGGUUUGUCACAAACUGGUGCACUGGUUGCCAUUAAGGAAAUCGAACUUCCAUUAAGGACUCGGGCACAAAACAGUAACUUAAGCGACCUAAACCGUAGGAGAUUACGUCGGAAGGGAAUUCAAGUGGAAAGUGCAAUGGAGAAAACUUUGGAUGGUAUUAUCAAUGAAGUAAGUUUACUCUCCCGACUGCGUCAUGCAAACAUAAUGGGUUACAUAUCGUCUGCCAUUUGGGGUAACAAAUUGCUGAUUGUAAUGGAGUUGGGUAGUGGUGGGAGUCUCUACGAUCUCAUACAAAAGUUUGGAAGUAUAAAAGAGAGUCGUGCGAGACGAUACCUCCGCGAUGUAUUGCAAGGACUGGAGUAUUUGCAUCGCAAGAAUAUUGUGCACCGGGACAUUAAACCUCAGAAUGUUCUGCUACUUGAGACCGGUUUAUGUAAACUUACUGAUUUUGGUACUUCACAAAACUUGCAGAAAAUCGCCAACAGUUGUGCACCUGAGGGAACUCCCCCUUAUACGGCACCUGAAGCAGCGAGAGGAAAAGCGGAAAAGGCAUCUGAUAUUUGGAGUUUUGGCAUUAUGAUGUUGUAUGUUUUAAGUGGUUCCCUCCCAUGGCCAAACAUGAACCAAAUGACUUCUCAUGCAUUUUUCUACAAGGUGGGACAUGUGGAAAGUUUUAUGCCAUGUGUAGAUGAUAAAAUUUCUCACGAUGCGAAGCAAAUCGUCAAGCGUUGCUGCCAACGCGACCCGAAAGAACGGGCCACCGCACGGGAACUUUUGAAUAAUUCAUUUUUUAACUGCACGGACACUUCUACGAGUUGCCUCGUUAAGGACUGGCCAUCCUCUUGUGGGAAUAUCUCGAGAAGCGAAUUUCAUUUGUAG